UACCUCCUCUUGUCUUUCGCUGUCCUCGCCCCGCUACAUUCUCUCUCUUCCGACGAUGGCUCCCAUGAAGAUCAAGAGGCCCCACGCCGGCUCUCCUUCCCAGACCCUCCCCUCCUCGCCGGAGGCCCACCUCCUCGUCCGCGAGACCCUCCGCAUCAGCGCCAAUCUCGCCUCCUCCGCCCCUCCCCCCGCCGCUCCCGCUCCCGCUCCUCCUCCGGUGGUUUCCGCGGCGGCGGCGGCGGAGGCGAGCCGGGAAUCGAGGCCCGGGAUUGCCGCGGCGGGGCUCGCGGGCGGGCAAUUCGUCGACUCCAGCCUGCGGCUGAUCUGCUGCGAGGAGCUCGACGGCCGCAGGUGGCAGUACGUCGCCGAGGAGGGCGGCGAGGCGUCCGUCUCCGGGAGGUUCAGGAAGGGAUCGUUCCGCGCCGUCAGCUUGCAGUCUCCUCAAUCGCCUGCCCACGAUAUCAUGUCAUUUGUAAGAUCUUAUGUCGUGCCGGAAGGUUUUCCUGAUAGUGUCACCCCCUCGUAUGUGCCAUACAUGACCUGGAGGGCGUUAAAGCACUUCUUCGGUGGAGCAAUGGGAGUUUUCACUACACAGACCCUUUUGAAUUCUGUCGGAAUUUCAAAAAACAGAGCUACUUCUGGUGCCGUUGCUAUUAACUGGAUUCUCAAGGACGGCGCUGGACGUGUUGGGAAGAUGCUUUUUGCAAGGCAAGGAAAGAAAUUUGAUUAUGAUCUCAAGCAGUUGCGCAUUUCAGGGGAUCUUCUUUUGGAAUUAGGUGCUGGAAUGGAGUUGGCAACUGCAGCUGUGCCUCAUCUUUUUCUUCCUUUGGCAUGUGUUGCCAAUGUGGUCAAGAAUGUUGCUGCCGUAACAUCAACAUCUACCCGGACACCAAUUUACAAAGCUUUUGCUAGAGGAGAAAACAUCGGAGAUGUUACUGCAAAGGGAGAAUGUGUUGGCAAUCUUGCGGACUUGUUGGGAACUGGCAUGAGCAUUAUGAUCUCCAAAAGGAAUCCCUCCUUGGUUAGAACAUUUGCUCUUUUGUCAUGCGGAUAUAUCUUCAGCUCCUAUCAGGAGGUGAAGUCCGUGGUUCUGCAUACAUUGAACCGUGCAAGAUUCAGUGUGGCUGUGGAUUCAUUCCUCAAGACAGGUCGAGUCCCAUCCUUGCAAGAAGGGAACAUGAAAGAAAGUAUAUUUACCUUUCCAUGGUUGAAGGAGAGACCGAUUGUUCUUGGACCAAGAUUCAAGGAUGCCUUUCAGGACGCAGGUGCAUAUCUGGCCAUAGCACCUUUCUUUGAGCAAGAAAAAUAUAUUGUCACUUACAAUCCCUCGAAGGGUAAAGUAUUUGCCUUGCUGAAAGAUAAGGCGAAGCCAGAUGACGUUCUUAGAGCAGCCUACCAUGCUCAUGUGCUUCUGCAUUUCCUACACUCAUCAAACAAAGGCUGUUUAUCUUCUGAGACUGCGCAAGAACCAAGUUACUCAUACCGCGCCUUAUCAAUUGCCAACCUUGAGGAUCGCAUUGCCAAGUCUUGUGAUAUGGUGUCAGCCUCUUAUGGGCUGUUUAAGAGUAAAGCAGCAGAACAGGGGUGGGUGAUGUCUGAAUCACUUCUUAAUCCCGGUCGAGCUCGGCUGUGUUGAAAAAAAUCAACAGGAUAAGAUUCGAUGACUCGGUUGACUUUUAUCCUCUUCCCACCUGUGGAAGGCAAUGAAGAUCUAAUUUCGGAUCUUCACGUGGAUCGAGGAUACAAACAGCAAUCAUGUGGAUCGACGAUACAAACAAGCUGUUAGCGUAAGGGGCUCUGUCUGCCGAGGCCAUUGGUGAUGGCUCCUAUUUAGCGGUCAAAUACAGACUAAAACAUGUGUCUAAUGGAGUCUCUGCUCAAUCACGCGGAAGCGACCCUGCAAGAUGGAAAUAUUGAGGUCCGUCCAAAAUGUAGCUGUACCAUAGUACUUUUUCUUGUAUUUGGGGUGACAUCACACUAUCACAGGGCAGGUUCUCUCUCACUCACCCUCUCUGUCUCUCUCUCUUUAAAGAAAAAUUUUGAAUGUGGCACUGGCUGCUCUUUCCUUAUUGUUUUU